UCAAAAGGUUGUCAAAAUUUGUCAAAAAUUUGUUUGUUUUUUUUGGAUAAAGUAGAAUUUAUAAAAAUAAAAAUAUAAUUUUUUUUUAAAUAAUGAGUGCCGAAGUUUCCGAAGAUUGGUCGAUCUCCUGCAUUUCGGACGGUGAAGACUUCACUCCAUCUGCCGAAGAACUCGAAACUUAUUAUCUAGCUUUAGAAAGUGGGAAUAUUCAGGAACUGCAAUGGCAAUGUCCUGGCAGGCGAGCUCCAUCGCCCAUUAACAACAAGGAGGAACCAAAAGUUAGCGAAACAGUAGAAAAAGAAGCGCCAGCGAAAAAUGAUUUCGAUUUUAUGGAUGAUGUCGCAUUACCACAAAUGCGCGUUCGCAGUCAAAAUUCUACUCCAAAGUCUGCUAAAAAGAAAACUGCUAAUUUUGCCGGAGUUAUAGAAUCUCUUAAAAAGCAAAUGCUUUCGCAAAACAAGGAAGGAUCAUGAAAUAUGUUAACUCUUCCUGUUAUGAGGAAGAAAGUUUCUACGUUAGAAUCGAACCUAAACUUAAGAUAAUAAUGAUAUGAAACUGUUAAAUUAAGCUAUUUUUAAUAUCAAUUAAUUAAAUGAGUAGUUAUGUAUGAAUGCAUCU